UCUAUAAGCAGACACAGAUUCUUGACAUCUUGUAUUGGACUCGCUUAAGAAAAGCAACUUAAAAGAAAAUAAAAAUAAAAAUAAAGCGAUGGCGCCACCGCAUUUUCUACUGGUAACGUUUCCGGCACAAGGUCACGUGAACCCAUCUCUCCAUUUUGCUCGUCGGCUUAUCAAGAAAACCGGCGCACGUGUUACUUUCGUCACUUGUCUCUCCUUCUUCCAACGCUCUAUGAUGUCAAACCACAACAACGUCGAAAAUCUCUCUUUCCUUACUUUCUCCGACGGUUUCGACGACGGAGGCAUUUCAACGUCAGAAGACAGUCAGAAGCGGUCGGUGAAUCUCAAGGUAAACGGUGAUAAGGCUCUAUCUGAUUUCAUCAAAGCUAGUCGGAAUGGUGACUCUCCGGUGACUUGCUUGAUCUACACGAUUCUUCUCAAUUGGGCUCCAAAAGUAGCACGUAGGUUUCAACUUCCUUGUGCUCUUCUCUGGAUCCAACCCGCUUUGGUUUUCGACAUCUACUACAAUUACUUCACGGGAAACAAGUCCGCUUUCGAGUUACCGAAUCUUUCUUCUCUGGAGGUCCGAGAUCUUCCUUCUUUCCUCACACCUUCCAACACACACAUAUCAGCAUACGCAGCGUUUCAAGAAAUGAUGGAGUUUCUCAAAGAAGAAACCAACCCAAAAGUUCUCAUCAACACUUUCGAUUCGCUGGAGCCAGAGGCCUUAACGGCUUACCCGCACAUCCAAAUGGUGGCAGUUGGUCCUUUACUUCCCACGGAGAUGUUCUCAGGAAGCACCAAGCAGCCAGUUAAAGAUCAAGGUACUAGUAGUGAUUAUACACUUUGGCUAGACUCGAAAACAGAGUCCUCUGUUAUUUACGUUUCUUUUGGAACAAUGGUUGAGCUGUCCAAGAAACAGAUAGAGGAGCUGGCGAGAGCACUCAUAGAAGGGAAACGACCGUUCUUGUGGGUUAUAACUGAGAAACCCAACAGACAAGCCAAAACAGAAGGUGAAGACGAGACAGAGGUUGAAAAGAUAGCUGGUUUCAGAGACGAGCUCGAAAAGGUUGGGAUGAUUGUGUCGUGGUGUUCGCAGGUAGAGGUUUUAAGACACCGAGCCGUAGGCUGUUUCGUGACUCAUUGUGGAUGGAACUCUACUCUGGAGAGUUUGGUUCUUGGCGUUCCGGUGGUGGCGUUUCCGAUGUGGUCAGAUCAGCCGACGAACGCAAAGCUUCUGGAUGAAUCAUGGAGGACGGGUGUGAGGGUAAGAGAGAACUCGGAAGGUGUAGUGGAAAGCGGAGAGAUAAGGAGGUGUUUGGAAGCAGUGAUGGAGGAGAAGUCAGAUGAACUGAGGGAGAACGCAGAGAAGUGGAAGCGUUUGGCGAUUGAAGCGGGUGGAGAAGGAGGCUCUUCGGAUAAGAACGUUGAGGCUUUUGUGGAGGAGAUUUGUAGAGGCUCUCCAAGCAGAGGAGGUUAAAGUAAAAGACAAAAGUUGGUAUCUAGAAGUGGCCAUAUACUGUAUUAUCGGGUAACACUUUGUAUAUCAAUUCAUUUAAACAUGUUUGACUGAAUCACUUUUGAGGCUUCUCCAAGCAAAGCUUGUUCGAUUCAACUACUCUGUACUGUACCUCCGUUCUUCUUCCGAUUAGGUAGGUCUCAGACGAACCAGUUUUCUGGUAUUGGGCCAUUUCCUUUUUUAUACUUGUUGGGCUUUCUUUCGGCCCUACUGUAAAUUUCUAUUAAGAAGAUAAUAAUAAUGAAAACAUAUUACACGAUAAUGCAAAUAUGACCUAGAAA